AUGACCUACUCCUUUUGCACGCAGACGAGAACGACGUCUUCUGCUUUUUCCGCCUCUAAAGCUUUAACUUCUUCUUUGUCUUCUUCUUCUUCUUCGAUGAAGAAACGUGCGAUGAUGAUGCCGGGAAAAACAACAACCACAUCACCGUUGCAGCGUCGGACGCUUAAGAACGGGACGGCGGCGAGGAUGCGCGAUGAGAACGAUGACGAUGAUGUUAAGAGGAAUGCUACGAAUACGAAUACGUUUAGGCGCGCGUUCGUGACUGGUGCGGCUUCAAUUUUUACCGCCUCGGCGGCGUUCUUUCAAACAAGUUCGAGUGCUUUUGCCAAGUUACCGGAGUUUCAGUACGAAGACUCGGAACUCCGCACGGCGGCGAGCGGGAUGCAAUACGCGGACGUGGUCGUCGGCACGGGGGCCUCCCCGCAGAAAGGGCAAACGAUUCAAGCGCAUUACACGGGUCGUUUGACGAACGGGAGGACCUUUGAUAGUUCGUACGAAAGAGGGAGUCCGUUAAAGUUUAAAGUCGGCGUUCGGCAAGUGAUUCAAGGCUGGGACGACGGCAUACUCGGCGCCGAAGGCAUCGAAGGCAUGAAAGUAGGAGGGAAACGAGUUUUAAUCAUACCACCGGAGUUAGGGUACGGGGCGAGAGGCGCCGGUGGGGUCAUCCCAGGGAACGCGACGUUGAAGUUUGACGUCGAGUUAGUCGCCGUGCUGUGA